CCCGGAGCUUCAAAACAGCCGGCGCCUCGCCUCACGCGCAGCCCGCCACUGUGUCCAGACGCCCGCGCUCGGUUUGGAAUCGUCGCGCCAUCUUUGUCUCCUCAUUCCUCUCUGAACUUCCUGCUGCCUUCGCUGCCCUGUGAACAUGUUGGUGAUUCUUGCCUUCAUCAUCGUCUUCCACAUCGUGUCUACGGCACUCUUGUUCAUUUCAACCAUUGACAAUGCCUGGUGGGUAGGAGACGGCUUCUCAGCUGACAUCUGGAGAGUGUGCACCAACAGCACAAACUGUACAGAGAUCAAUGACCUGAGCGGUACCGAGGAGUUUUCAGGUUACUCUGUGAUGCAGGCGGUGCAGGCCACCAUGAUCCUCUCCACCAUCCUCUCCUGCAUCUCCUUCCUCAUCUUUCUGCUCCAGCUCUUCCGCCUCAAGCAGGGAGAGAGGUUCGUCCUGACGGCCAUCAUCCAGCUCAUGUCCUGUCUGUGUGUCAUGAUCGGGGCUUCCAUCUAUACAGACCGGCGGCAAGACCUUCACCAUCAGAACAGCCAGCUCUAUUACCUACUGCAAGAAGGCAGCUACGGCUACUCCUUCAUCCUGGCCUGGGUGGCUUUUGCCUUCACUUUCAUCAGCGGCCUCAUGUACAUGAUCCUGAGGAAGCGCAAAUAGGUGUCGGAAGCCCGGCCACUCUCCCACACUAUGGCGUCCAGUCACAUAACCAUUUUGUAUAUAAUCAUUUUUUUGUGGUUUUUCUAGCAAACAUUGUUUCCUUUAAAAGCUUUUAUAGAAGAAGAAGAGAAGACAGAGGCAGAGAAGAGGAGUUUCUGCGUUCUUGGGAUCACAGAGCAGACCAUGGAGGCUGGCAUUCAGAAUGCUUGCCUACCGAAAGUCUCAGCAAGGCCCAGCAAGAUCAGCAAUGUAGAAAUCUACAGGAUGCCUCUCACGGGUGGCUCUGCGCUGUGGGUGUGGCCAACGGUGGGGAAAGCCAGUCUUUGGGAGCAGACUCUUUGUAGGUGUCUGCCCUGCCCCCUUCCCCUGCCCACUCCAUUCUGACAGCCACAGUGGGAUGAUAAGGUCCAAAUUUGGGAUAUCUAUGCUCAGAUAUUAAACCUAAGUUCAUGUAAGAAGUGGG